GCCAAAUGUCGCCAUCGAUCAAUGACAUUUUGUGGAGUUGAAUUUAUUGAUAUAAAGCGUUAAUGUAAAUAAUAAACAAUUUCAUCAUAAAAGUCGGCUUCCAGUCGAUAUGUAUGCCAAGGGCAAAGGCUCUACGGUGCCUUCGGACGCUCAGGCUCGCGAAAAGUUGGCGCUAUAUGUGUACGAGUACCUGCUUCAUGUCGGCGCAACGAAAGCGGCACAGACUUUUCUCUCAGAAAUUCGAUGGGAGAAGAACAUAACGCUCGGAGAGCCACCUGGGUUCUUACACUCGUGGUGGUGCGUGUUUUGGGACCUAUACUGCGCGGCUCCGGAGAGGCGGGACACGUGCGAACAUUCGUCAGAAGCUAAGGCUUUCCAUGAUUAUGGAUUCGUCAACUCAGGAUACAACGGAAUCGGUCACAACGCCGGCCCGGCGCCGCCUAACGACGGCAUGGGUGGCGGCGGUAUACCUCCAGGAUUCUUCCCCAACUCACCGCUGCGACCCUCGCCGCCCGCGCCGCACCCAGGGUCCCAGCCGUCGCCGCACGGGCCCCAGCCGCAGCUGAUGGGUGCUGGGCAGCCGUUCAUAGGGCCCUGGUACUCCGGUGGCGGGCCAAGGGGCGCCGUUAGGAUGGGGAUGGGGAACGAUUUUAAUGGGCCUCCAGGUCAAGGCAUGAUGGGCAACUCGAUGGAGCGCGGCGGGGCGGGCGGGCCGGCGCUGCUGGGAGCGGGGCCGCGCAUGACGCCGCCGCGCCCCGGCUGCGGGCCGAUGAGCCCCGGCGCGUACGCGCAGGGCAUGCGCGGCCCUCCCCCCCAGGGACCAGGUAUGCCACCAAUGGGAAUGGGGCCGCGCGGCGCUUGGUCAGGGGGAGGAGGGGCCGGCUCCGCGCCCCUCAACUACAGCGGGGGCUCCCCGGGCGCGUACGGGGCCCCGCCGGGCUCCAACGGCCCCCCGGGUCCCUCUACGCCGAUCAUGCCCAGCCCACAGGACUCGUCGAAUUCCGGGGGAGACAACAUGUACACCCUGAUGAAACCGGUCGGGGCCGGAGCCCUAGGGGCGGAGUUCCCGCUGGCGAGCGAGCACGGGCCUUCGUCGCAACAUCUACCGCAGCCACCCACCUCCGAAGGAUUAGGAGGUGUGGAUGGGAUGAAGUCGUCCCCCGGGGGAGUGGGGGGAGGAGGGCCGGGCACGCCCCGGGAGGACUCUGGAUCGGGCAUGGGUGACUACAACUUAAGUUUCGGUGGUCCGGGCAACGAGCAAAACGACCAAACGGAAUCGGCGGCCAUUUUGAAAAUCAAAGAGAGUAUGCAAGAGGAAGCGAAGCGAUUCGAGAAGGAUCCAGAACACGCGGAUUAUUUCAUGCAGUGAAUAUAACAGUGCAGAAGUCGGCGCGCCAAAAUGGAGUGAGCCGAAAUGCGGGGUAUUUUUCUUUUUUUUUUUUCUACAAGUUGCUAGUUUUCGAUAUAAAACUAUUUUUGAAAAAAAAAAUACAUGGUAAUGAAUAAUAAAUCUCAAUGAGUUUAUUUUUAUUUUUUUAAUAAAUUGGUAUACAGUGGAUGUGUAAGUAUAUUGAAGCUCUGUAGUAUAUAGCAUGCGCGACCCCGUUAUUAUCGCGCGAUAAAAAUAUCGCCGUUUCGUUUUUUUUAUGUCGUGAAACGGUGCAGCGAUGGGUUUUCGCGCGAUGAAAACGGCGUCGCGCGUGCUACGCUACAGAGUUUCGAUAUGUUUACAUUUCACCUUCACAUCGUAGAUAUACCUGCACUGUUCUAUUCAGCUCACUGUACGUAUUUUAUCAUCUAACUUAAAAGCGAAUUAAAUCAACUUAUAAAAGUUAGUUCAGUUCCAUUAUUUUUUCGUUUAAAGGAUUAAAGAUAUAUUUCAAGUACCCUUUUUAUUGCGUUCGGUGAAAAAAAAAAUAUUUUUCUGAUCUCAAAAUUGGCGUGCUGGCUUCUCGACAAAUCGAUCUGAGUUUUUGUAUCAGAUAAAAAAAAUGCAUUAAUUUAUUGUGAUCCGGUCUUAGUUUCGAAUCUGUUCGUCUUGAAUGUGAAAUGUGUAUUAAAAUUAAAAUUGUAACCGAAAAAAAACAUAUUUCGGACAUUUUAUUUAGUGAUUUUAAAUAAUUACAUACAAUGAUAUCGUUGUUUAGAUACAAAUAUUGAUUUUAUUGUCUUGAUGACUAAAAAGGGGCUGAUUGAUGUGUACCAAAUAAUUAAAGUGGAUCGAGUCGCUUCAUGUAAAAACUUGACUCACCCAAUCUAGUAUCCAUGGUAAGAGGCAUACCCCGGGCUCCUCUCCAGAGUGAUGAAUAUGCAACCGGGACUAAAGCCAAGAGGAAGAGAAAUUAAAGUGGAAUGUGAUAGAAAUAUAAAAAUCGGCUUUUUAGUAAAGGUGCGUACAGAUUGUACAACAUAACAUGUUAAAUUAAAUAACGAUGUUCAGUAACGUGGACACUAAAUGUUUUAAAACAUAAUACACCUUAAUAAUUUAAGAUUUUAACAUAUCGUUAUAUAUAAAUACGUUUCAAUUCAAGACGAACGGAACAAAAGCAAUUUUCUUUUUAGUGAAAUAGUGAAUUUAAGUGGCGUUCCGCUGUUUUUAUUCAGAUUUAGACAUUCAUAGAUAUCUUUUUAUUGAUAUAUCGAAUAAUUUUGUAUUUGUAUGUAUCGGUUAUAACAUAGUAACUUUAUAUUUGAAUAUUUUACAAUAACGACGUGUCAGAAUAAUUUUGAAUGCAAUGCAAGAUUGGUUUUAGAUUGUAGUCCCAAAGAAUUAUAACAAAAUAAUAAUAAACUUUUAUUAUACGGACAUCAUAUUGUUAUGAUACAUAUUUUGUGUUGCAUGCAAAAUCUGAUUUAUGUAUAAGACGUACGUUUCAAUACUUAAUUUGGAGGGUUGUAAUCGAUAAAUUGGUACUAAAACUUUUUUUUUAAAGUACGUAUUUUACGUAAAUUGUUUCAUAAUAGAACUGCGGUAUAGAAUUUUUUUUUUAAUUAAAAAAAUAUUUACUCAUCGAUAAAGAAUUCAGAUUCAUCGGGGUACCUACCAUGAAAUUCAAAGGUAUAAUUUUAUAAGUCAUAUUUUUUUUUUGUAAAAACCGUUUAAGGUUAUUUUGAUUAUACAUCAUCAUUGUGCAUAACUUAUUAAAUGAUGUGUUUUACGAAACUAUGAUUUUGUAAACAUUAAAAGUCUUCAAAUUACAUACAUACAUACAUACAUAAAAUCACGCCUCUUUCCCGGAGGGGUAGGCAGAGACUACCUCUUUCCACUUGCCACGAUCUCUGCAUACUUCUUUCGCUUCGUCCACAUUCAUAACAAAUUGUGACAUGAAAACUACUUUUUACUACAUCCAACUUACAUUCACUCCAAAUUAAUUAUGGGAUGCGUUAAAACCCGCUAGGCGUUAAUUAUUUCACAUUUCAAAUCUUCCACGCGUUUAAAUUAAAUUAUUUAGUUUAUUAUUUAAGUUCUAAUGUUCCUAGAAAUGUAUUUUUAUAUCAUUUAAGUACGCGAUCAGUUCGUUUGGAAUUUCAGCAGCUUUGAAAUAUUCGUGACACUAAAUAGAACUCUGUUAUUUGAUCUUUGAUGAUUCUGUUUUUGAAUUAUAAUCGCAUCGUGUAGUUUUUAUAUGCAGUUCGUUUGGUCAAAUAGUUUGCACGCGGUGGUCGCUAGGGCUUCGGUGACUUCUAAUAUUUGUGCAGCAGUAUGAUAAAAUUUGUUAUGCGGCGCGCGUAAGUUGUAUAUAUUGAUUGCUUUUUAAGUACGAAAAUAAAUUUAAAAAAAAACCGACUAUUAUACUAUUAAAUGUUUUGUUAUGGAUAAUGAUAUUGAAAGUUUUGUGAUACAUAAAUAUUAUUAUCAUUUUCAAAUUAAAUUGCCAGAAUAGCUUGUAGUACUGCGAGCUUUUUGAACAGACAAACUGUUGAUAUAACUCGUUUUAUUUUUCACGUAAACUAUUUGCAAGAAUGUAUUUUAAAUUUAAUUAUAAUCAGGUUUAAACAAAAAUGUUUAUAAACAGAUUAAGACUGUUUCUAUACAAUUAACUUUAAAAUACAUGUUUGCACAAAAAGUCUUAAUAAAGUAUUCGGUAUCAAUAUUUUUAUACUUAAAAAAAAAACACACUAGAAUAUCGUCAAAAUCACAAUGAUUUUAAAUAUUUCAAUGAUUGUUGAAAUAAUUAUGAUCUGGUUUAAUUUUAUUUUUUAUUUUCCUAUAAAAAAUUGAGAAUUCUUAGCAGAUGGCUAUAUCAUCAUAAUUGAGAUGAAUUGAUAAUAUUAUGUUCUUAUUACUUGGUAAAAAUAUGUCGACUCUUGAGAGUUUACGCUUUAGUUUUGUGGAAUAAAAAAAUAUAUAAAUUAAAAAAAGAAGUUAUAAAAAUAAAUGAACAAAAUAAUAACUGAUUUUAAAUUAUCACGUUGCAUUAUACUGUUUAUAAAUAAUACAGGUAUUAAACGCGCACUUAACGUACCUUUAUUUUAUCUCGGACGUUUCGAAUCGUGUUACAAUGAUCCGUGGUCAUCGUAGUGUUUAAUACCUGUAUUAUUUAUAAAUAACUUAAUUUAUAAAUAAUACAGGUAUUCACUUAAUAUUAUUUUUGAAAUAAAUAAUAUUAAGUGAAUAAUUUCAGUUUUGUUACCUUACAUUAUUUAUUUCUAUUAGUAUCUUAUUUAUACAAAUGAAUACUUUAAACAUCUUGUAAUUUGUAAAUAAGUAAAUUCUGCUGUAUAUUUUAAAAUAUUAAAAGAAAAGCUGUUAUGAAUUCUGUAAUUUAUUAUUUUUAUUACACAAAGCGAAGCGUAAAUCUUAAAAAAAUAUCAUGUACGGUGACAUUUCUUUUUCGGGACAGGACAGCAUUUUUAUAUAAUGAAAAAGAAAACAAAUUUAUAUAAAAAUUCCUCGUCACUCGAAAUAAGCAUUUAUUCAUGUUAAAUAAUAAAUUUUACUGAUAUAAUUCUUUUUGUAGACAAUUCGGACUUGCAGACGUGCAGUAAUGCAAAUGCAAUACCAGAUUUUGAUACCAAAAACCGAUACCAAUUUUUGAUACCAAAAAAAAAUCGAGACCAGUUUUUUUUUCUAACUCGUACUGCACUACUGUAAGUCGCGAAGGGAAUUUUUUAAAUGCAAUUUUAUACCAUGAUGUAGUAGUGAUGUGUCUAUAUUUUUCAUCCUUAAGUUUUUCUAGAAUAGGAGGAUAAUUUUUAUUUGGGUGUACGGAAAUUUGUAUAAAUUAGAUUAUUUCAUAGAUUUGGAUAGGUAGAAUUAAGUUGUGGGGCUCGUGUCCCGUCCAUAGUUUUUUCGCAAAUUUGGGUUCUUUUAGUGGUAAAAAUUUUAUAUUAAUAAUGUAAGGUGGACACUUAUUCAUACAAAUAAUUGUGUAAUGAUUUUUAAAUAAAAAAAAAAUUGGUAUCUUUUUAGUGCCAGUUAUAUUUAUCAUCUUGUUGAUGCUUUAUUUUUGUGGUAUUUUCUUUUUAUUUAUAUAAUUUGACAAUAUAUUUUUGUGGUAUUAUUUGGAUACCAAUUUUUUCUUAGCAUCUGUUUUUUCGGUAUUUAAAAUACAAUUUUUUUGUGUAUUUUGUUUAUAGUUUUAUUUCUUUUGGAAUAUUGAAAGCGUGAAUCUCGAAUCAGAUUACAUUUUUGUUUAUGGAAAAAAAACAGAUUUGAUAUGUAAAUAUAGAUUUGGACCAUCGACUAGUUUUUUUUUUAUAAACUUUGUCGAUGCAUUUGUAUAACAAGUUUUAGCUAAAUCUACACUAAUUGGACCCAAAAAUUGUAAAAUACGUUGAAAAGGAAUUAGUUUUAAGCGGAUAUAGUGUAACUGAUUAAAAAAAAAUAGACUAAACAAUGCAAGAAGAUCGCAAGUUUUUUAAAAGUAAAAAAAAAAAUAAUUAAUUUAAUUUUUAAAUUAAAAAUUUUUCUUGUAGCGUGAGGUUGUAUGUUUUAAGGUAUAUUAUUAUUAUUUUCCUUAAUUUUGUGAGUUAGGUAAAUGAAUUAUUAUUUUUUCUUAUCGAUGUAAUGUUUAUAUAAUU